CGCUUUUAAUUAGAAACAUUUGAAGCAAUUGAAUCCUACUAGUUCACUUCAGUCUGUGAAUUAGUCGUAACCGAACAGAUACGUGUAUGAAUAAAAAAUAAUUAUACGUACAAAGAUAAACAUGCGUGUGUGUAAAUAAAUAUAGCUGAAAGUAUAAAAAUUUAAAGAAACAAUAGUGAGAUAUAAUCGUAUCGAUUUGUAACGUUAAUCUUAAUUAAAAAGGCACGCGAUUCUUUAAAAAUGACCAGAGAAUCCGCUAAAAACGUGGAGAAGGGAUCUUGUCAAGUUUCUGACAUAUUAGAAGUGUUCGGACGCUAUCAAAUAUUUCAAUAUGUACUCAUCUGUUUGCCCUCGGUUUUCGUUACGAUGAUCGAUAUUAAUUACGUCUUCGUAGCCGGAGAUUUGGAAUACAGGUGCCGAGUGAACGAAUGCGAAGACACGAACUCCACGUCAGCGUUUCCGACCUGGUGGCCGAAUUCCACUCGGGACAGAUGCAUGAGGCCCGUACUUAAGCCAGGCAUUACUUCUUGUACAAACGAGAGCUUCACUCCCCAGUUGACGGAGUGCACAGAUUGGAUUUAUGAGAGCAACAAUACCAUUGUUGCUGAGUUAAACUUGGCAUGUCAACCGUGGAAAUCGAAUCUGAUUGGCACAAUUCACUGCAUCGGCAUGCUCGUUUCGAUGUUCGUCUGCGGCUGGCUGUGUGACAGGUACGGCCGGAAGCCAACCCUGGUCGUAUGUGUGGUGGGAAGCUGCAUCGGACAGCUGAAGAAAUUUGCCACCACAUGGGACCUGUACAUCGUCAUAGAGUUCCUCGAAGCGUGUUUGUCCGGUGGAAGCUACACUCCUGCUAUGGUCCUAUUGCUAGAGAUAUGUGGUAGGAAGCAUAGGAUACUGUCGGGCGUUCUCUUCGCCUACUUCAUCUACCUCGGGGAGUCGCUGUUCGCUUGCAUCGCCAUGUUCGCGCCUUACUGGAAGACAAUCGUUACGAUCAUAUACAGUCCCUUGGUUCUCUUCGUGUUCUACUUCUUCCUGGUCCACGAGAGUCCGCGGUGGUUAAUCGUGAAAGGGAAAACCGAGCAAGCGAAAGCCACCCUCCGCAGAAUAGCCGAAGCGAACAAGCUGGAUUUGAACCAUGAGGAGUUCGAUGACCUCAACGAGGCGCAACUGAAACAGAAGUUCAAUAUAACAGACGUCGAGGUCAAGGAGAGGUUGGCUGCUGUCUUCAUGUCGAAAGAGAUCCUCAAGAGGCUGCUAGUUUCGACCGUGUGCAGGUUCACGGCUAGCUUCGUGUACUACGGGCUGAUGAUCAACUCCGUGUUGCUGCCGGGGGACAAGUACACGAACUUUCUGCUGGCGACGAUCAUGUCGUUUCCCGGGGAGCUGAUCUCGCUGUAUCUGAUGAACAAGAUCGGAAGGAAGCUGCCGCUAAUGGUCGGGUACGUGAUGAGCGGCGUGCUGUGCAUUGGGUCAGGAUAUGUGCCGGACUCGAUGACUUGGGCGAAAAUCUCUCUAUUUCUAUUUGGAAAAAUGGUGAUAGCCGCCUGUUACACGGGAGCUAUCACGUACACGAUGGAGUUGUUCCCGACCAGCGCACGUGGAUCCCUACUCGGACUAGGAUCUUUCGCGUCCAGAGUCGGAGGAAUGCUGGCCCCUUUAACACCAAUAUUGAGCACAGUAUCGCCGACUUUACCUUCAAUCUGCUUCGGUUGUUCGGCGGUGCUCUCCGGGGUAUUGCUGACGCUGACGCCGGAGACCAAGGAACUCCCUCUCAUGGACACCGUACAGCAAGUCGAGGACAGCAUCAGGAAGGCGAAAGAGAUAGAGAGAUCACAGCGUACAUGAGUACGUAGUCUGGUGAUGAUGAUUUCAUCAGCCCCACAGACAAAUCGUCGAGGCUUCUUUUUAAAAUAUAAGCUCAAUGUUGGGUUUUUUUUUUAAUUUUGUAUAAUUAUAAUUU